GACUCAUAACAUCCAAGAUGGCGGUCGUGUGGAAGUUUCUGUUUGUGUAUGUUGUCAUUUUUGUACAGUUUUCAACUAGUUUGAGGCCAGGAAUCAAGUCCAGAAACUUGCACUUGCCGAAAAGGAUAUGGCAGGAUGCUCAGGACAAGGGUUUCUACCACAUCGACAGCGGUUCCUUUCCUAUGGAGGAUGUUGGCGGGGUGGACUCGAGUCGUGCUCGCGUCAAGCGAGAUCACACGUCCCCCUUGCCACAAGUCAGCAGGGUUCCCCUGAAUGACAGCCAUCACCAGUUGGUCAUCCACUGGGCAGGGGAGGGCAGUGACCUGAUUGUGGCCCUGGCCAGAGAGCCUCACGCCACUGCCCAGUCCACCAGCAACGUCUACAUCUCCCAAGACUACGGCAAGACUUUCGUGGAGAAACAACAGACGUACAUGAGGCUGGAGAACAACUCAGCAUCCAUCAUAGACAACUUCUAUCACAGCCCAGCAGAUAUCAACAGGUACAUCUUCACGGACGUGGUUCAUCGUCGCAUCUGGCGCACGACAGAUGGCGGGAACAGCUACUCCAUGGGAUAUGUUCCGUUUGUGCCCACAAGUCUCCUGAUGCACGAGUCAGACAAAUACCUGGUGCUGGGCAUGGAUGAGAACGACCCCCGCAGGAGGUUGUGGAUCUCCCGUAAUUUUGGCCGAGGUUGGGCAGUCAUGCAAGAAGAUGUCAAGUCCUUCUAUUGGGGAAUCCCGCCAUAUGACCACAUAAACGCAGUGUACGUAGAGAGGGUGGAGCCUGACGGCAAACACACUGUGUUGCAGUCUGACGACUUCUUCAGCCAUGAAACAUUCAUAGCUACCAUCAUACAAGGGGUGGAUGACUUUGAAGUCAGGGACAGCUACAUGUUUGCCACAAAAUCAAUGCUGGUUAACCCCAGGUUUCCCACAGCGAUGAACAUCACCACCCUUUGGGUGUCCUACAACAGGGGACCAUUCAGCAGAGCCGAGUUCCCUACAAACCUACCCACUAAGGAGUUCUACAUCCCGGAUGCCUCGGAAAACCAGGUGUUUGUGUGUGUGAACCACAACCACACCCUGACUAACCUGUACAUCUCAGGUGUGCAAGGUGUGGACUUCUCCCUGUCCCUGGAGAACAUCCUGUACUUCAACCCUGAGACUACAGGAUCUGAGUCUCUCCUCAGAUACUAUGUGGAUGAACCGUUUGCAGACAUACACAAGGUCGGUGCAAUGAGAGGCAUAUACGUCGCUACCGUUCUCAACGCCACUCAGAUGCAGUCCCGGAACAUGAAGUCAGUCAUCACCUUUGACAAGGGAGGGAUGUGGAACAACAUAACGGCACCUCUUCAGGACACAGAAGGCCACUCAACCAACUGUAACCCUGGAAAGAACUGUUCCUUGCACCUGUCCCAGAAGUACCACCAGCUGGCCCCCGGCUACAGGAAUGUUCCCAUCCUGUCUAAAGAAUCUGCACCUGGGCUCAUUAUGGCAUCAGGUUCCCUGGGGGACAGCAUCAAGAGCGACUCUGACGUCUUCUUCUCCAGCAGUGCAGGGGUUAACUGGGAGAUGGUCCUGAGGGGAAAAUACUUCUUUGCCUUUGGCGACCACGGUGGGCUCGUGGCAGCUGUCAAACAGUUUGAGGAAACCAAUACCAUUGAGUACAGCUGGAAUGAGGGGGAGACAUGGACCACGUAUGCAUUCUCUGACAGUAAGAUCCGUGUGUACGGGGUGAUGACGGAGCCAGGGGAGACCACAGGCGUCUUCUCCAUCUUCGGAUCCAACCCCCAGCGCCACAGCUGGUUGGUUGUCCAGGUCAACCUCACCUCCAUUCUAGGACUUCCUUGCAACGAAGAUGACUACAAGACCUGGAGUCCCGGGGACGAGCAGCCUGGUAGCACCUGUCUCCUGGGGCGGAGGACAGUGUAUGAACGGAGGAUCGCGCAUGCCAAGUGCUACAACGGCAGGAACUACGACAGGCCCAUACGAUCGCAGAACUGCACUUGUACACGUGAAGACUUUGAAUGUGAUGAAGGCUACAUGGAGCAACCCAUUUGGCGUCCAUUUUUUGACCGUGGGUAUCGUCAGCAACACUUCUGGCUGCAGCGCUGUGUACUUGACCCUGACAGCGGAGUUGACCCGCACCGGAUUCCCACCCCAUGUCCCGAGGGAUCUUUCUACAAAAGAACCAAGGGGUACCGGCGGGUUGCAGGUGACACCUGCUCGGGUGGUGACGACAGCCGCUAUGCACCUGACUUAGUCUCCUGUCCCGUGGGAGAGCAACCAGAGUUUCUCCUGGUAGCCCGGCGUACAGAGAUUAUCCAGUACCUGCUGACCGAUGGCCACCAUGAGUCCCUGCCACUGCAGAACCUACAGGGGGCCAUCGCCAUGGACUAUGACUACAUCAACAACUGUGUGUACUGGGCAGACAUGACCAGCGACAUCAUUCAGAGGCUGUGUCUGAAUGGCAGUGCAGUACAGGAGACAAUUGUCAGGGGGCGCAUCGAGACUGUGGAGGGGCUGGCCAUCGACUGGAUGAGUGGGAACCUGUACUGGGUGGAUGCUGGGAUGAAGAAGAUCGAGAUGUCUCGGCUGGACGGUACCAUGAGGAGGGUCCUGACCAAUGCCUCUUUGGACAACCCAAGGGCACUGGUGUUGUGCCCACAGGAGGGCUACAUGUACUGGACAGAUUGGGGCGACAAUGCCAAAAUUGUCCGGGCAGACAUGGACGCAAAGAACCGCAAUAACAUCAUCACCUCGGACAUCCGCUGGCCAAACGGUCUUGCAGUGGACUACAGCGGCCGGAUGAUCUACUGGACAGAAGCCUACCACGAUCGUAUUGAAGUGGCCGACCUGGAUGGACAGAACAGGAGGGUGUUGAUCAGCCAUGAUGUGCCCCAUCCAUAUGCUAUUGCAGUGUUCAAGGAUAGGAUAUAUUGGGACGACUGGUCAUCUCAGGCUGUCUUCAGUGCCAUGAAGUAUGAUGGAUCCGACAGGCAGACUUUGAUUGACAACUUACCCGGGGUCAUGGACCUCAAGGUGUACCACAAGGAUACACAGACAGGUACCAACACGUGUGCCCGGAACAACGGUGGCUGUAGUAACCUGUGUGUGCCCAAGCCUGGGUCAGGACAGGCCCGUACCUGCCUCUGUUCCGAUGAUGUCAUCACGGCGCUGCAGCCAGACGGCACGGAGAGGUGUGAGUGUCGGCAACAUGAACACCUGGUCAACGGCUACUGUGAGCCCAUCGAGGGGGCGACAUGUCCUGGAGACCAGUUCACCUGUUCAAACGAGCACUGCAUCCCCCGGAGCUGGGUCUGUGACCAUGACAAUGACUGUGGGGACUUCAGUGAUGAGCAGAACUGCCCACCCAGCACCUGCGACAGUUCUCAGUUCACCUGUGGUAAUGGCCAGUGUAUUCCUGAAAGGUGGAAAUGUGACCAUGACAAUGACUGUGGAGACAUGAGCGAUGAACAGGACUGUGAGUUCCCAUCCUGUGGUCAAGACCAGUUCACCUGUAACAAUGGUCGGUGCAUCCCGCAGCGGUGGGUGUGCGACUUUGACAAUGACUGUCACGACAUGUCAGACGAAGCUCACUGCUCGUUCUCAACACCAGCCCCUACAGUACUGCCCAACUGUACAUCCAGUCAGUUCACCUGUGACAACGGCCGCUGCAUCUCCGCCAGUUGGAAAUGUGAUGGAGACAACGACUGUGGGGACAUGAGCGAUGAGCAGGGAUGUGGUCAGCUGACCUGCCGCUGGUUCCAGUUCACCUGUAACAAUGGCCACUGUGUGUACAGCUCCUGGGUGUGUGAUGGUGAGGACGACUGUGGGGACGGCUCUGAUGAACAGGACUGUGCCACCACAGCUUAUCCAAUAACGGUGGCGCCGACUCGCCCAGCCAACUGUACAUCGCUGGAAUUCCGCUGUCGCAACGGGAACUGUGUUAAUGAACGGUGGCGGUGCGACGGGAUCGAUGACUGUGGGGACAACUCAGAUGAAGCCAACUGUGGAGUUGUGACGGAGGCCCCUCGAACCUGCCGACCAGACCAGUUCCACUGCUCCAACGAUGUGUGCAUCUACGCAGGCUGGAGAUGUGAUGGGGACAACGACUGUGGAGACUUCUCUGAUGAGACAGGCUGUGGUCAUGGUACGACACCUCCCCCUCGUCAGAACACCUGUGCACCGAACCAGUUCACCUGUGGGCCCGGCGGGUUCUACCACUGCAUCUGGGAGAGCUGGGUCUGUGAUGGAGACAACGACUGUGGGGACAUGAGCGAUGAGAGAGACUGUCCCACAAGGGUUCCCACCACGACCACCCGCUAUGUGCCCCACUCCUGCACACAUUACCAGUUCAGGUGUAUCGCUGACGGGCGCUGUAUCCCCAUGUCAUGGCACUGUGAUGGGGCCUGGGACUGUAUCAAUGGAACAGAUGAAUGGGGAUGUCCUACACCAAGUGUACCUACGACUUCAGCGCCACAACGGUGUUCCAGCAGUCAGUUUGCCUGUGCGGACGGUGACGGCUGUAUCCCAAGGUACCGAGUGUGUGACGGUCGGAAUGACUGUCUGGAUCACAGCGACGAGAGGAACUGCUCCCUACACUACCGUGUGGUAGGCCUGAAGGUGGACCCGACAGAUACAACAGGACAGGUACUGCUGGAGUGGGAACAGGUCACACCACAGCCCAGCAGCACUUUCUCCUAUGUCAUCUACUACAGUAUGGUACAGACAUUGGCUUCUUGACGGAGCAGACAACAGUGAGAGUCCUGAACGCGACCCUCCAGGACCUCCAGCUGGGUCUGAGGUACUACAUCCGGGUCACCGGUUACACCAGGGUGGGGAGGGGGGAGUCUGCCUCCACUGGUGUCUCUACAUCUCCAGCAACUAUUGGUGCUAAGCCCACCAGUGUCACUGUAACACCUGCACGUGGGAGCAUCACUGUGAGCUGGACUGCUCCCAAUGUUCCAGCUGAACAAAUCCAGGGCUACACUAUCUGGUACAACUCUGAAAGUGAAUCCAUCUCGGAGAAGAAGAUUGUCAACGACCACACUGCAACAAGUGCUACAGUGACAUACCUGUCCCCAGCCACGCGAUACACCAUCCAAGUGUCUGCCUUUAACGAUGAGGGAGAUGGACCCAAGAGUGAUGAGAAGACAGUUAGGACCCUUGGACCGGCCCUGCCGGUUGUGGAGCACCUCACUGCCCAGGGGCUGACCACUAACUCUGUCCAGCUCAGCUGGCAUCUGGAGGGAGACUAUACAUUUGGAAUUUACUACGGCACUACAGAAACAGCAUUGGAAAGAGGCGGAAUACAGGCCAACACUACCAAACAGGCCUUCAAAGUACAAAAUCUGCAGUCGGACCUCAACUAUCUGUUCAUGGUGAAAAUCAUCCAGCCCCUGCCUGGUCCUCCAGCAUACACAUCAGCAACAACAUCAUUUGACGACACCCUGCCGCCCCAGCGUCUGAGGGCUCUCAGUCACAACCAGACCGCAGUGUUGCUCCAGUGGGCCCCUCCCAGGCAAAUGCAUGGCUUACAAUAUGAGAUUGAUGCAACUGAUGACGAAAAUGCGACCUGGACUUACGCAGUCCGAACCAAACAGCUAGACGGUAAUUUCAUCAGGUACAACGUCACAGGUCUCUACCCUGGUCACCACUACCUCUUCAAUGUCAAGGUGUCUACCCAGAAUGCAAAGCCAUCCAAGCCUUAUCAUGUGACCACAGACCUUGUCCCAGCUCCCAUUGAGUUGAAGAUUUUGCCUGAGUCCAGCAGCCAGCUGCUACUGAUCUGGGAAGCAGGAAACCCAUAUGUGGCUAAUGUCGUACUGGAUGCGGGUUUUGAGGUACUGAUGAAACCAGAGGGGCCGAACACCACGUUUGAGGUUUUGCAGGACACAUUGAAGGAGCACAGGCUCCUUGUGAAGAACCUCCUGAGGGGCACCCAGUAUCUCUUCAAGGUCCGAGUGGGCAAGUACUUCGGGCACUAUGGAGCAAACUCGUCUGUGGAGAGUGGCUACACCUUGGCAUCGGGCGGUGACAACGAGCCACAGAAGGGUCCUGGUAAAGCCAGCCUGGCAGCCAUCCUUGCCCCCACCUUACUGGUCAUCGUGGUUCUGGCUGUUGCUCUUGCCGUGUUCAUCAUUCGCCAUCGCCGCCUGCAGCGCAGCUUCAUGUCCUUCGCCACCAGCCACUACGACACCAGUCGCGGCGAGGCCACCUUCACCACCGGCGAUGAUGAUGAUGAUGAAGACUCCCCCAUCAUCCGAGGCUUCUCCGACGACGAGCCUCUGGUCGUGGCAUAGUAAGGGAACGGUCGUCAGGACCUCCUGGCGAGGUCGCGGUCGGUCGCGCAGUGUUUUCUCUACAAGGUGCAAUUGAUAAUCCACAGACAUCCCACCUUCUAAUCACCCCCCUCCCCCAUUCUCCAUGUUUGGCCUAUAUGCGUAAAGUUAGGCAGAGCAAUAGGCUGGUUCAUAGUUUCAACAGCACAUGUGUGAGGUCAAAGGUGAAGGCCCCUUAACUUGUAAACAGUUCUUGUAUCCAGACAUGUUUUGUUUAUGUCUCAGUAGUGUUCACCUUUGACAUAUUACCUACAAUGCAUCUCACUUCUCAUGUGCAGUUGAAACUAUGAAGCAUCUUAUUUGUACAGCUUUAGAAGACAGGAUUUAUAUGACAAAGAAGAAAUUCCACUGGAACUUUUUUUUGUGUGUGGCUGUAAUAAUAAGCUGUAUGAGAUGCAGUUGAGGGCACAUUAGCAAAAUAAAUAGACACAUUGAUCUUUUCAACGGUAUUGUUUCAUACUGACUGAAUGACCCAGCAGCAGAAAUUCAUUGCUUUUAAGUUGAGAAAAUUAGAUGUUUUAUGGUGAAGAAAAGGCAUGUAGUACUAAACUCAUUGAAAGAUUUGCAACCACAAACUGGGAUGGUACAAAAUGUAUGUACAUGUAGAGAAAAAACUGCUCAUGUGUAGCGUUAUGCCUCUUUCACUCAACUUUCUUCAGCAAGGUGUCACCACCAAAUCCUUACUAGUACAGUGUUUUGUCAUACAAUUUUUA